CACAAAGCAUUUUAUUAAAGAACAGUACACUUGUCAAGAUGGAGGGGAGGGGGAUUGACGACUACCCCAAGGCUGUAGGGAAUUUUCCCCUUCUAUGUAAGUGGGGCCUAGAGCCAUGGAGGAGGUGGUCUUUAAUGGAGGUUGCAUCGGACCGUUUGGAGACUCCUACCCGUGUGGAGGGAGAACUUUUGCCCCUACAUGGUUCCUACCGGCACUGUCAAGGCCACUUUCUCCCACGGGGUGGGGGGGGUGGGGGGGGGAAAGGGGGAAGGGGGUGUGGUGAAACCGCAAUGCAAAUGCAUUACAAUGACGUUUGUUCUGUACCAACUACCCUUGGUCCGCUAGCCGGGAAACCAAAACGCUUGCUUGUCUUUCUUUUAGACGAGCCCCCAGAGGUUUUAAGGGCAAGCCCUCCAUUACCUAGCCCUUCCCCUCCCAUCCCUUAAUGCCUAACACGCCGCCCGCCACGUAGUAGGGGGCUCAGUAAAAGCUUGUUGAAUGGAUCAGCCCAGCUGCGAAGCCCGCCUUAAGCGUAGCCAGAGGACAGACCCUGGCAUGGACUGAACUGGACCGAACAGGAAGAACCUGACGCCAGGGGGAGCAAGAACCCGUGCUCUCCAGAUCUCGCGGGAGUUGCUCGCACGCCUGCGCGCGCGGCAACGUCGCGGGUUCUGUUUCUGACGGAAGCGCGGGGCGUGAAGAAGGAGCUACCCUAGGGCGCGCGGCCUCUCCUGUGGCGUGGGAGUUGCUUCCGGGUUGCGCGCCCGGAAGCAGGAAGUUGUCGGCUUACUCUCCUUGCCCGGCGGCUGUUGUCCCCGAGGCGGGAGGAGCCCGAGAGGGCGCGGGCCCCGCAUACUGAGACCCAGAAGGAAUUGUGGAGAACAUCUCAUCGGAGCUGUCAGUGGCUUCCUUCUAUUCCUGAGAUGCUCCUUCAGAAGUAUAAGCCACUGUUAGAAGUCAAGCUCACUCUUUGGAACUUCCCUCUGUGGCAAAGCUCAUUCCUGCCAGAGUUGGAUCUUCUUUCUUUCUGGAGGGAUUUUGUAUUGGAAGACAUGGAUCUAGCCACCAGUGAGUUCAGCAUUUAUGACAAACUUUCAGAGACUGUUGAUUUGGUGAGACAAACGGGCCAUCAGUGUGGCAUGUCAGAGAAGGCAAUUGAAAAAUUUAUCCGACAGCUGCUGGAAAAGAAUGAACCUCAGAGGGGGCCACCCCAGUACCCUCUCCUCAUAGCUAUGUAUAAGGUCCUUGUAACCCUGGGAUUAAUCUUGCUCACUGCCUACUUUGUGAUUCAACCUUUCAGCCCAUUACCACCUGAACCGGUGCUUUCUGGAGCUCACACCUGGCGCUCACUCAUUCAUCACAUCCGGCUGAUGUCCUUGCCCAUUACCAAGAAGUAUAUGCCAGAAAAUAAGGGAGUUCCUCUGCAUGGGGGUGAUGAAGACAGACCCUUUCCAGACUUUGACCCUUGGUGGACAAACAACUGUGAGCAGAAUGAGUCAGACCCCAUCCCUGCCAACUGCACUGGCUGUGCCCAGAAAUUACCCCUCAAGGUAAUGCUCCUGGAAGAUACCCCGAAGAAAUUUGAGAGACUUCAUCCUCUGGUGAUCAAGACGGGACAGCUCUUGUUGUCAGAAGAGUUUCAGCAUUUCCUGUGCCAGUACCCUGAGGUAACGGAAGGCUUCAGCGAAGCGUUUUUCAGCAAGUGGUGGCGCUGCUUUCCCGAACGGUGGUUCCCAUUUCCUUAUCCAUGGAGAAGACCUCUAAACAGAGCACACAUUUUACGCGAGCUUUUUCCUGUUUUCACCUACCUGCCAUUUCCAAAAGAUGCCUCCUUAAAAAAGUGCUUCCUUCUUCAACCGGAACCUAUUGUGGGUAGUAAGAUGCAUAGAAUGCAUGACCUGUUUAUCAUUGGCAGUGGUGAGGCCAUGUUGCAGCUCAUCCCUCCCGCCCAAUGCCGAAGACACUGCCAGUCGGUGGCGAUGCCACUAGAGCCAGGGGAUAUUGGCUAUGCCGGCACCACCCACUGGAAGGUCUACAUGAUAGCCCGAGGGGUCCAGCCUUUGGUCAUCUGUGAUGGAACCACCCGCUCAGAACUAUAGGUAACAAGAAUUGUACAGAGGAACAACUUAGAGAGCUGAAGACCAGAUUGAAAGGGGGGAAAUAAAAACGAUGAACCACUUUCCAAGGCUACUUAGUUACCUGCCCUCUGCAUGCGUGUAUGAGCCAGCCGUAUGCUGGAGGUCGUGGCCAGAGCCUGGCCCUCCCGACUCUUCCAGCCUAGCUGCUUGGCCAGGACUUUGCCAAUACCUGCCUGUGAGAGACUGGGCUCUUCCAUCUUCCAUACCUUUUGGAACCGCAGCCUCAAGGCUGUCCCUCAGGCAGGAAACGGGAUUGGUGCCUUCCCUUUCUUGCACAGCCUGAUCCCCUCUGCCGGCUCCCUGGCCACAGAGAGGGCAGCCGGCAGGUCCUGACUUCAGAGCCAUCCCUUACCAGGUGGGCCUGCUUGUCCUGUCUUCCUGGCCACACCAGCCUGUACUUCUGUGGAAAGCCAUGCCUGAUUAAAGAAGUCAUUGCAGUUUCCCCAGCAGAAUGGAAUCUAGAAACCAGUGAAACAGGAUUAAAUAAUCAUUGCACUCAAGAAAUGCACUGCUUUCCCCAGUGUCCAUGACUCUUGGAGUCUCAGUGAUGCCAGGUUGGAGUCUGAUUGUAAUGGAAAUGGUAAUUCCUAAGGUAAUACUUCCCUCCAUUUGAUCAGGUUCUUAUGCCCACCCCCAACCCCGCUCCCUUCCCUUCUCGCUUGCCUAUCAGGAUGGUUUCUCAGAAGUUGGACUCCCGGUCCCCUCUCCCUGGCUGGUCCAGAGCCCUUUACAGCUGAGGCAGCGUGGCUUCUGUCAACUGGGUUGCGUUUACCAAUGUCUUCAGAGGGGAUAAGUUAGAAUGCUGGCCUGGGGAGAGGGUGCUUCCCCGGGUUUGAUCCUUAGGGUCCAGCUUUCUGCAGGGAAGAUGUUUUACACAUGUGUCAAGCUGAUGUUGUAAUGUGGUUGGGGAAGGAACUCCAGACCCAGCGUGUUUGCCAGUUGGGUGUGCGACUCUGGGAUCUUCUGUCUUAAAAUGAUUUCUCUCUUUGUACUGGGAAACAAGGUGAGGUAUUUUUAUUGUUCAUAAAAAUAUAAAGCUAUGUUCUUUCAGUUGGGUGAUAACCUAUGCUCAUUGUUUCCUCCAAGUGCUUUUGUAUUAAUCAAAUGUUAUAAAUAAGGAUACUUUUCUUCCUCUUUUUCCCCCCCUUUAUUCCUUUAUUGAUGCUGCUAGAUACCUGGCCUCUAGUCAUGCUGUCACCAAGCUGAAGAAAAAAACCCGACUGUGGCCCCUGGUUCUGAAUCUCAGAAAUCAGAUGAGUACAGGUGUCCAUGGCAGAAUGAAUGGACCAGAGGCAGACAGUGGCGAGAGAAGGGGGUGUGACUCCUUGCAGGGUCCUUCCUCUGCAUCCUUGGAGGUGUCCUUGUACCUUAUCCCUGGGCCCUCCCUUAGCACAUCUCCCGAGCAGCCAGCCGUGGGGAUCAGCAAGGCACUAAAAGACUUGCUUUGUGAGCCUGUAAAGGACAAGAAUGGUUCACAGAGCUCAGGGUGGAAAUAAUCGGCCUCCAUAGACUUGAAUGAAAUUAGGAUAAACGGUACCUGAGGGAAUUUUUCCUUAAACAAGUCCGCGCCUUGUGUGGGUUAAUUCAGGAAAAACAAAAUUUUUUGUACAUAUAAAAGGCAUGCUGCUAAGCAGUAUGAUUUAAGAGGUUUUAUUUCAGAGGGAUCAUUUCAAGGCCAGCUUUGCGCAAGCUUUUAGAUACCCCUGCUGUGCAUGGAGAAGGAUUAUAUGUAAACAAGUUUUUUAGAGUUUUCUUCAAUUGGGCCCUUUGGGUUAACAAAAGAGGGUUUCUUAGAAGGAAAAGAAACUGUUUUGAUGAUUGAGAUUUCUAUUUUGUCUUUAUGAAUUACCCUGUGUUCCUUCCCCAUUUCAUUCCUGCCCUUCUCACCUUAAAUGUUCAUAAAAUAUCCACUUCAGCUCAAAACUUUGAGAAACCUUUGUGUGUGUUGUUGUUCUGAGGCAUCUCCUGGAAAGUCCCCUAAGCCCCUGAGCUGUCUACAGUGCAACAAAAAAAUGGUGUGGCUGCAAAGAAACAGAUUUUCGUGCAUUUCCUAAGCUUAAAAUCUAUCCUGUUCAGAACUGAAGGUCAAUUUCUGUUAAGGGAGAAAUUUUCCAAAGAGAGUUUUCAGCUCUUAAUUACUGGAUACGUCGAAGUAAUUUGCCUUCUUCUGAAGGCAAUUCUGAUAAGCAGAACACAGGAAUGGCUUCCCUCAAGAAUGGCCUGGAUUGGCAGCCCGAGACUUUGUGUGAGGGUGCUGCUCACCCAGCUCUCAUGGGAACAGUAGAAGUCCCUCCACAUGACCCGGUGUGCAGAAGAGAGUCAUCAAGAUGAGGAGGAAGGGUUGGGGGGGCAUGGUGGGACUACCUAACCAACCCCCCACCUUCUCCACCACAAGAAGGACAAAAUCCUCACAAGUUUUGUCGAGUGUUUACGAAGAGGUGACAUGAUGGUGACCUCCACACGUGGGUUAGCUUCACUUUGCUUAUAGGCACCCACUUUCUCUCUGGGAAGAAAGGCUGCUUUGGCACCAGUUUGAAGCAUUUAUGUCAAGAUGUCCUGAUGUCAGCAGGGGCCAAGUAUUGACAAGACAUUACACCUGUUCAGGCAGAACUUAUCCUCUCCCCACACAAUUUUUUUAGGGAAGGGAGGGAGUAAAAUAAUAUGGUUUAUGAACAUAGAAUCUAGGGGCGCCUGGCUGGCUCAGUCAGGGGAGCAUGCCACUCUUGAUCUCAGGGGUUGUAAGUGUGAGCCCCAUGUUGGGGGAAGAGAUUACAUAACAAUAAAAUCUUAAAAAAACAAAUACACAGAAUCUACUUAUUUUGUGAAGAACAAAACAGUUUAAGAAAUGGGCAGAUUUGGCCUCAUUUUCUGAGGGAAAGAAUAGUAACAUUUGUCCAGUUCAUUCUAAGAGGGCCUCAAUCUCCGUGAUCUCCUUUAAUCGUUACUCAGUCCUGUCAAGUAGGCGUUAGAUCCUCAUUUUACAGGAAACAUUUUACAGGGCUUAGAACAGUUAACUGCUGGUCAGUAGGUAGUUGGUUUUGCAGCACAUUGUUUCCCUGCCUCAGCACAGUGUGGUGCCCAAGAAUGAAGCUGUGGGCUUAAUUGCCUGGGGCGUGUCCCCACUGGGUCAGGAGGACCUUGGGAGAGGGUCAGCAAGCCAGGAACUCUUCAGGGUUUGUUUUCAAGAUUGUUUUGGACAGAAAGGGAACAGGAGAGAAUCUAACCAGAUGACUUUUAUAAAAAUCCUUUCACUUUCUCCCUCCCUAUUUGAAAGCUCUUUAAGAGUGAGCGUGACUGGAACACAACCGUGUCUAGCCAUUUUCCCAUCACACGUUUCCAGAUGUGUGACCAGAAGAGGGACUCUGCCCAGUUCCAGUUGUGGCUCCCUUUAGAGUUUACCUCACUUGUUUGUCAGCUCUCCAUUUUCUCGUCCCCUUCUUCCCAAAUCCAGCAUAGACCUCUGUGUAGGAGCAAUUUGUUUUUUAAAAUCUCUCAAUCUCCUUCGCCGCAGGUAAUGGCCUCACUCAUUUUAAUAUAGUUUGGGAUGAGAGUUUGCUCCUUAACCAGUGGCUUCCAUAAUGAACAUUCAAAAUCCCAAAGCAAAUGUUCACUUCUCACCUAAUCCUUGCCCACAGGAGAAAGCCAAGUUAUAGGGGAAAGGGCCAAAGCUGUCUGGUUACGUGGAGAGAAGUGAUCGUGACUGCCUCUUGAGAAUCAGUUCUUAAUCAGAGGGGUCCUUUAGGCUUUUGAGCUCUCCUAGUGAUGGAGGAGAAACUCAGCUCUGAGUUCACGAGUUCACACUCAUUAACUUUCAGUGGUGACCCAUCACCCACUAAAAUUGGAAGAAGGAGAGCAAUGUGGGAUGUGCUUUAAAUGGCAUUUCUCCCCUUUUUUUAAAUUUAAAUUUUAACAUACAGUGCGAUACUGGUUUAAAUGGCAUUUUAGAUUGAGAUUCUGUUUGGAGCUAUGCAUGUUGUGCACAGCGCCAAUGGGUGUCGGGGCCAGGAGGCUGGAAGGUGCCAGUGCUUAUGGGGAUAGCCCUGUAGCAAAUGAAAAAUGGAAGGCUCUGGGAAAAUUCUGUGUCGCCAUCAGCAUCUCCCUGGCCUCCUCACCCCCAGCCUCCUGAUAUCUAGUGGCUUCUUUCACAAAAGCAUCUCCAAGAAGACAGACAGGUGCUCCCCUAUUUGCACCACACCCAAGUCGGCCCACCCUUGGACGCAGUAUGGUUUUAUGCACUGGCCUUUGUGAGAAACCGUCCAGCCAGCUUGUCUCUUGUCCAGGUCCCUUAGUGUCUGGUUUCCCUGCCCUGCAUAAUUUAAGCAUUAGAGCUAAAUACAUCUGUCGUUUUCCUCUCUCCGGAGACUGGGAAAUGUCCAGAGCUUUUCAGAAGAGUGGAGAGAAGAAAUGUUAUGUAACUCCUAGUGGAGGCCUGGAACCGUCCAGACAUGGUGGGGCUGGGGCUGACCCGGAGACCAUUUCCCUUCCACUUAGUGCAUCUGUCAGUCGGCGGCAUGGAUCCAAGCAUGAGCCCCGGCUGCAGGCACCUGAGCAGAGAAGGGAAACCAGUCUAGAGUUUCAAACAGAAACUGGGCGGUCAGGCCAUCAGUUGUGUGCCAAGCUUAGUUAACCUCAUUUCCUCACAACAGCUCUGUGGGGUAGGUGAGGUCAUCCUGUGAAGCCACUUUUACUCAAAGAUCAGCCGUGUCCCAGCCUCCAAAUUCCAGCUCCUCAGGGCACUUUUGGCCCUUUCAGAAACAAACUCUCUUAUCCACAAGAAUUUGUGACAGGAUCAGACAGACACAUGGCAUUCCCAAGAACCCCUAGUCUCAUCAUGACCGGCAACUUCCCCCCUACCCCCCGCAACUUGUUGCCAUAGUGUUCCCCUCAGAAACAUGUUGGCUGUCGUCUCUCCCCUCCCUCCCUCCCUCCUGCAGAAGGGUCAGUAACAGACGCCUAGGCUGGGGGAGCAGACCGGAGGGGCAGAGCUAAGCCAGCAGCUAAUGCUCAGCCUCUUCCCCACCCUCGUCAGGGACAGGCAUUGGGACAGCUGCCGUGCAUCUUCAAGGGAACCAGGGAAGGUUCCAGUAGGCCGAGGGAGACAGACACCUGUCCCAACCGCGCACGCUCCAGAUGGUGUACGCUGUUCUAAUACGUGUUCGGUGCAGAAUGUUGAUGGUGACUUAAUGUACUGCAAACUUGUAAAGACUUCCGCCAUGUAAAGAAUGUAUGUAAAGUUUUAUGUAAUGAAAGUUUUUACUUUUGCAAUUAAAAGGGUGUAUGAUGGUUGAUAAGAA